GAGAAAAAAUCGUAAAUAUACAUAUAUAAUAAAUAUUUUUGGAAAAUAUGUAGUUUCUUUACUUAAAUGUGUACUAUAUUUCGUGUGUGUUUUUUUGUACGUUUAUGAUAUUUGUUUUAUUUAUUAAAGUAUGUGCAACAUAUGCAGCAAAAAAGUAGAUUUUCUUCUUUCCAAUGCUUUAAUUUACUAUGUUUCAUUAUAUUUGCAGCUUGUGCAAACAAAGAGUACAGAACGUGUGCAAAGUAAUGUCAUGAAUAUUAAGAUGUUUCGUAAUUUUUCGAGUCAUGUAGGAGUACAUCGAGAAUGAAUAAUGGCAUUAUCGCCAUUUUAUACCAACAUGAAUCUCUUGUGACGGUAAAAUCUUGUGCAGUUGAGUAGGAUCAUUCAGCGCGAAUCAUUACAAACAUGUUUGUUUUGCAAAUUUGUUGUUUUCUUUCCAUGAUAAGGACAAAUGUCGGAGUAUAUACGGCUAUCAGCAGUAAGACUAACAAUGUUACCUUCAAGUACAUGAGGGGAGUUCGUAUACGAAAUUAUUACAGGGGAGAGUGAUUUGCAUUAUUGUGAAUCGCACGAGGUAUGUAACGUGAUUCACGAUCGGUUUUGGAUGUCCAGCCUGACGGAAAGACUUUGUCACUGUCCCAAUGGAAUGGAAUGUCCGUGGCAAUGGACGAAAAUCUAUGAUAAUUUAACUGUACCACUCAAUAACAGAUCUGUUUUAAAGUUUUGCACGCAAAUAUCGGGAUUGGAGAGUUGCGCACAAAAGCAAGAGGCAGUGAUAGUGCACGGAGAAGGUGAUACAAGCAAUAAUUAUAUAGUACCGUAUAACGUGACAGUAAAUUGCUUGUGUCCGCAAACGCAUUACUGGAAGUUGCAGAAAUACACAUACUAUCAACAAAAUCUCGUUCAAGUAUUCAGAUGUGUCAAGAAAAGAAUGUGUAAAAGUUUGGAAUUCUGUGGCUACAUACGAUCUGACUUAUAUUCGACGUAUUAUAGAUGCACAUGCCCAGAGAAGCAUUUGUGUGUUUUCAAGAACAAAACACAAGUAAACGUACAGGAAUUGCUUUAUUCUGGGCCUGCUUAUAUGGCGUAUUGUUAUCGAUUUUAAAGAGAAAAACAUAAUAAAUUACUUACCUAAGAAAGAAUGAUGUAAAUAUUAACAAA